CGUUUACACGUUUCAUCACAGUGCGAAUGACUAUGCCGCACCAACUGUGGCUUGUCUAUCUGAGUUUAGUGGGUGUGUUGGGAAACUAUUUAAGUGAUUUUGUAACAUUGCGACGCCAAAGCAAUUGGUCUACGGCGGAGUUCCCGGCUACAAGUAAUCGCAAAAUGUUAAGUAGUGAGGCAAAACAACGGAGCCGCUUUACCGAUGUAGCUGAGCAUUAUCAGCUACGUUUUAAGCCUCUGAGACAAAUGCCACGUCUGCUAUGGAAGAAAUUGCCACAGGUGACGACGUCGAUGAAACCCAACGCCACGGAUGGGGAAAAUGUCGAAAUGACUAGCGUGAAAGCCUCGAAUGCGAAGUUUUUAAACAAUCCUUUCUCAUAUAACCACGUGCAGCAGGAACGACCGUAUGCCACAAGCACAGUGAAGCCACCAAUUAGACCGGUUCCAGCACCAAUCGCGAGUUCCAGUGCGAUCUCUUUGGCUACAGAGCAGACUGCACAAGCUUCCGAUGCCUUGAACACAAUCAUGAGACCACCACAAAUUGGUGUUACAAGGCCACAGUUGCUCUUUCAUGGCGCACCAUUUAAGCUUAAUUUGUUGCAACAACAACGUCCGAUCAAAAAGACGAAGAGCAAAGGCUUCCUCAGCCUCUUCGAAGUUAUAAAAUUCGAAAAUACCAAAUGUUCGGUGGCAAUGGAGGAGAUCGAUAUACGCGUGCGCGCUUUGGAGGGUGUUUGCUAUCACGAGUUCGAGUGUAAAAGCUUAGGCGGCGUACCGACCGAACCGUGCGCGGAAGGUGUGGGCGUGUGUUGUGUGUUUUUGAACGGUUGCGGCGAUACGACCAAACAAUCGGUAGUUUACUUUGAGAGCCCCAACUUUCCGAAUCCAGUGCAUGAAAUGUUAAUUUGCGUGUUGAUCAUUAAUUUGCGUGACAAUGUGCAGCAAUUGCGUUUGGAUUUCAUUAUGUUUGAGAUUAAUCGUCCUACCGAUGGCGACUGUGUGGAGGAUCAAUUCAUUGUCUCUGGCCAAAACAUAAACUUUGUUGUACCCAUUCUAUGCGGCAUCAAUACGGGUCAACAUAUUUAUGUCGAUGUCGCCAAUUCUUUUGAGCGGAAAAUGUAUCUAUCUUUUAUCACCAAAAUGACCAAUGGAGAUCGUGCUUUCAACAUAAAAAUAAUGCAGCUGGAGAGCGACUUGGCCCCUGAGGGAUGUUUGCAAUUCUACACAGAAAAUGAAGGCGAGGUGAAGUCAUUCAACUAUGACGCUGACGGCGCCUUUGUCAACAAAGCCGGCGCAACAUAUUUCAAUAAUCUAAAUUAUGUUAUUUGUCUGCAACGUUCCAAGGAUAUGUGUUCGGUUAGUUAUAAUACCCAGUUAAAUGGUGGCGAACAGCUGGAUUUUCAAAUCACCAAUAAAGAUGAAGAUGAGGUUGACUUGGUGCCGGAUGGUCAGGCGGGUGCUGGCAUUUUUAAUUGUCCCGACGAUUAUAUCGCCAUCAAUCAAGUGCGCCUUUGCGGCGAGCGUUUCAACGAUGGCACCGUUUCGGAUGACUUCACCCAAAAUGCACCGGUUAAGGACGUCGCAGCGGGACCAAUUAUAUUGCCAGUGCGCAGCGAUGUCGAGUAUGUGGGUCGCGGCUUUCACCUUAUCUACAAACAGGAGUUAUGCAUUUGAGGCACAACCGAGUCACUAGAUUUUAUAUUUUUGUCUAAAUUUAUGCUACCUACCCUUUGAUGUUUUUGUGAUCAUUUUCUUUUAUCUAUUGUGGAAUUUCGCUGGAUUUGCA